UCCCUUUCUCUUUCUCUCUCUCCCCCUCUCUCUAGAUCACUAUCUCUCGUUUUAGCUCAAUCACCACAAACUCACAAUCAAAUACAUAGAGAAAAAAAAAACAGAGACCCUCAAUCUGAGUCAGAAGCUCUCUCUCUCUCUUCCUACAACACAGACAUGGACGAGAAGUGGAAGCUGUCUAAAAAGGAUGCAUUAGCUGCGUCGUGCUCAUCUUCUAGUUCCUCUAAAUCCAAGUUCUCUAGAAGCUUCUCGACGAGUGCUUCCUCCUCAAAGGCUCCUGUAUUCGUACGGAGCUCAUCCACCAAAUGCUCAGUGCCAUCUUCUUCGUCCUCCAUCUCCAGGAGCUCCUCGAAGAAAGAGAAAGGAUCAACAUCAUCUUUCAGUAACUUGGCGAAAGAACAGAAGGGAAGGUUCUACAUAAUGAGAAGGUGUGUGGCUAUGCUUGUCUGUUGGCAUAAACAUGAUUCCUAGCUUAGAUCUCAUGCAUUUAUAUUCUUUUUGUUUUGGUAAUUAGAUCAGUUUGAUUCUCUACUCUAGGUUGCUACAAGUUUCUAUAUUAGUACAUUGUAAGAAAGAGAUUCUUUUUAUAAUAUAUUUUUAAUUUUCUCAUAAGA